CAUAGCAGCCUCUGCUUUGCGCAUUUACUUUGGUUACAAGAGCGUACCCUUGAUCACAGGUAACCUGUGCAUGGUCUUGGAUGAAGAUUUUAAUUCCGACACCGAUACAACUUUCGGACCUAACGGAAAUUGGGUCCGUGAAGUCCAAUUAGGCGGAUUCGGGAACGGCGAGUUUGAGAUGGCAACAUCGUCAUCAAACAAUUCAUACACCUCCAACGGAUAUCUUUACAUAACCCCUACCCUGACGUCAAACGUUAUCGGCUCGGAUGCUGUGUUCAACGGUUAUACAUACAACCUUACCGAUUGCACGUACAACUCGACCACCCCAGGUGCAAAUCCGGGAUCAUCAAACAUCACGGGCUUUGACGCCGCCGCCUACUACCAAGCUUGCGGUGCAGUAAGCAACAGUACCACCGGCACCAUAAUUAACCCUAUACAAAGUGCGAGGAUCACCACACUCAACAAAGCUAGCAUUCGAUAUGGCCGCGUUGAGGUACGGGCCAAGCUCCCACGGGGUGAUUGGCUCUGGCCCGCAAUUUGGAUGCUUCCUGUGAAUGACACCUACGGACCAUGGCCAUUGAGCGGUGAAAUCGACAUCAUGGAAUCACGCGGAAAUGCUCGCAGCUACCCUGAUCAGGGUAUCGACUAUGUCCGCGGAUCACUCAACUGGGGACCCCUGUCGUUCUUGAACGCCGUGUACAAGACUUUCGGCUGGUGGACACAGAGACGCACCGACUAUGGGGAGGGUUUCCACACCUAUACACUGGAGUGGACAGAUAGUUUCCUUCGCAUUUACGUUGACACUCGUUUACACUAUAUGCUUGAGCUUUCCUUCAACGAGCCCUUCUUUACACGUGGAGACUUUCCCUCUGUGGUCCAAAAUGGGACAGAGCCCAUUGUCCUGCAGAACCCUUGGAUCAACGGCACCAAUGCGACACCUUUCGACCAACCAUUCUAUCUCAUUCUUAACCUCGCCGUUGGCGGGACUAACGGAUGGUUCCCCGAUAAUGCAGGCAACAAGCCAUGGCUGGAUAACUCGAAAACCGCUAUGCUGGAUUUUGCGCAAGCACAGGACACAUGGUACCCCACCUGGGGCUCAGAUGGAGAGAGUAGUUCAUUGAUCGUGGAUUCUGUGAAAAUGUGGGAGUUGUGUUAGUCGAGCCAUUAAUAACCUUGAGGAUUUGAGAUCUGUACCUACCCCUCCAUAUUAUUUACAUGUAGACUUCAUACCUGUGGACAUUGGCAUGUACCUUGCAUAUUACUGCAGUUUGUUCUUCUUGUCUAAAUACCCAUCAAUUAUACGUUAACAUUUGUCUCCCGUAGCCAAACGUCGAAAGACGA